GGCACGAGAAGUUGCGAUUGCAGUCUACUUCCGAUAUAAAAUGUAGUGCAAACCUUAAUUUCGUUUGCUUCUCAUCCCCAUGACAUAUAUUUUGGAUCAAUUUUCUAGAGCUCAAAGUAAUUAUUUAUAUGUAUUAUAAUUCAAGCAACAAAAUAUAUUCUAAACUUAUUUUUCACAUGAAGAGUAUGAAUAUGACGUCAUGCACAUGAAUAUUCUUAUAUCCGGCAUUGUCAAGAGUGGUGUGAUAAAUUGAAAAGAAAGGAUUUCCAUUUACCAAAGACAAAAUGUCGUACAGAGACAGAAUGUUUGAUUCUUCUGGGCGAUCAGACAGAAAAGGAUUUGGAGGUAGUAGUGGUUUGCCAAAAGCCUUUGGUUCAUCAAAGUUUGGAGAUAGAGGAGGGCCUAGAAGUGGAGGAAGAGGUGGUGGAGGAGGUGGAAGAUUUGGAAUGGACCGAGGUGGAAUGCGUGGUGGUAAAAUGGGUAAAGGACAUCAACCAGGAGAAAAUCUACGCAAGCCAAGGUGGGAUAUGUCACGACUGCCAAAGUUCGAGAAGAAUUUCUACAUGGAACAUCCUGAUGUAUCCGGCAGAACACAGAUGGAUAUUGAUCAAUUUUACAAUGAACACAAAGUCACAGUCAAGGGAUUGAAUAUUCCGAAGCCAAUCUUUACAUUUGAAGAAGGUGGAUUCCCAGAGUAUGUGAUGUCAUCUAUUAGAAGACAGAACUGGACAUGUCCUACACCGAUCCAAACUGUCAGUUGGCCUGUUGCACUGUCAGGAAGGGAUUGUGUUGGCAUUGCCCAGACUGGCUCUGGUAAAACUGCAGGGUUUAUACUGCCAUCAAUAGUUCACAUUAAUCAUCAGCCACACUUGCAACCUCAUGAUGGACCAAUUGUUCUUGUACUGGUUCCAACGCGAGAACUUGCACAGCAAGUACAGGAAGUUGCCAAUGAGUUUGGUCACGCCUCCAGAAUUAGAAAUGUAUGUGUUUAUGGUGGUGCCCCUAAAGGACCACAGAUCAGGGAUUUAGAAAGAGGGGCAGAAAUCUGCAUAGCCACACCUGGUAGGCUUAUUGAUUUUUUGGAGGCAGGGAAGACAAAUCUUAGAAGAUGUACUUAUCUAGUGCUGGAUGAAGCUGACCGGAUGUUGGACAUGGGAUUUGAGCCCCAGAUCAGAAAAGUUGUGGAACAAAUUCGACCUGACAGACAAACCUUGAUGUGGAGUGCCACUUGGCCUAAAGAUGUCCGAAAGUUGGCAGAGGAUUUCCUGAAGGAUUACAUUCAACUCAACAUUGGGGCUCUUCAACUUAGUGCAAAUCACAAUAUUCUGCAAAUCAUUGAUGUUUGUGAUGAAAGUGAAAAGGAAUUCAAACUGACUAAACUAUUAGAAGAAAUCAUGCAAGAGAAAGAAAACAAGACACUUAUCUUCACAGAAACGAAAAGAAAAGCAGAUGAUAUCACCAGAAGAAUGAGAAGAGAUGGAUGGCCAAUGAUGUGUAUACAUGGAGACAAAUCUCAACAAGAGAGAGACUGGGUUUUAAAUGGUUUCCGUUCAGGACAGACACCAAUUUUGAUAGCCACUGAUGUUGCCUCUAGAGGAUUAGAUGUUGGAGACAUCAAAUUUGUCAUAAACUUUGACUACCCCUCCUCAUCGGAGGACUAUGUCCAUCGUAUUGGACGUACUGCCAGAGCAGGACAGACAGGAACUGCCUACACAUUCUUCACUCCAGACAAUACCAAACAAGCCAAUGAUCUCAUCUCUGUUCUUCAAGAAGCCAAGCAAGUGGUCAAUCCAAAACUUGUGUCACUCAGCCAGAAUGCCAGAUUUGGGGGAGGACGAAAAUCCAGAUUUGACGAUAGGAGAGACAAAUUUGGUGGAAGAGACUUUGGUCGAGGAGGUGGACGUGACAGGGGUGGAUCAGGGAGGGGUGGGAUGGGUUCUAGGGGAGGCUUUGGGGGUCGUGGGGGAAGUAGAGGGGGUACUGGGGGUUCACGUGGAAGUUCAUCGGGGUUCAACACAAGGUCAGGUGGCAGUCGAUUCUCGGAUAGAGGUAGCUCUGGUGGUGGCAGCAGAGGGUAUGGGGGAGGGUCCCAAAGUCAGGGCGGUGGGUAUGGGGGGAGUCAGAAUUACUCCCAAAAUGGCACAGCAUCAUCAGGUAGUUAUGGACAGCAAAAUGGAUAUGGAAAUCAGCAGAGAAGUAGCAGUAGCAGCACUGGAAAUGACUGGUCCAACCAAAUGGCCUACAUGUUUAAUAGUUGGAGUGGUCAACAGCAAUCUUCAGGACAGCCUCCACUUCCCACAGGAAAUCCACCUCCCCCACCCCCUAUGUAAUAUCAUUCAGGAUAUUUAGGAGUUGGAACUUUUAUGUAUUGAUAGGAAAAUGUUUUACUGUGAUCAUACAUACAAUGCAUAUGUUAUUUUUUCUCAUGUCGUUUUCAUUUUAUUUAUAUGUUUUAAAUUCACCAUUCAUACUUGAGAAAAAGACCAAUUUUAUAAAGAUAUCAUCAGAACAAAUAUAACAGUAGAAUUAGCCCAGUUAUUUGCUUUGGGUACUUCAUCAAGAAAUUCAGGAGUUUUCUGUUCUUUAUUGUUGUCAAUUGUCAUUAAGGGGAAAAAAAAUUAAAAUUGUGCCUAG